UGAAUUAUAUAAAAAGGAAAGCGAUGAUGUCAUUACAAAUUUUGAAAGACAAGCGGAGAUGAUGCGAUUCGGGACUACAUCAAACUUUAUUAACCUGGAUGCAUUAAACUUUAUUAACUUGGAUGCAAAAUGUUUUAAAAAUACACCAGAUGCAAAAUUUUUUGAAAAUUCAUCUGAACAAAUUGACGAUACGUGCACAACUGUUUCAACCACUAAUGAGCCAAAAACGACUCUGCGCUCCAGUUUUAAUAAC